AACAAAAAGGAAUGCGUCUUAAUGACAAGUGUUAAUUUUUUAAACUUAAGAAUAAAAAAUAAAAUCUAGUCCUCUGUCUUGUUUUGUUGAAGUGAAUUGCAACUACGAGUAUUAAUCAACCAAAUAUAUUUAAAUAAUAUUUAAUAAUUAUUUAUUGUUACAAUUAUAAUAUUAAUAUAUAGUUAUUAAUGAUAAUAAAUUUAAGUGAUAAGACGUAUGAUAUGGUGAGCGCGUGUGAAUUCGACAUAUCAAUUCCGUCGUGUGCCAACGACGUGUUCAAUACUUACUAGUAAUAUUUAAAAUAAAAUUAAUAUUAAUAUUUAAAUUCAUGAUUAUUGAAGUUGUUAUUUGAGUAAUUGGGAAGCUUUAGCUUCGCUGUUUACGUCAGUAUUAUCAUUAUAAUUUGAGCGUGUGAGCCAACUUCGAAAAAAUUAGUGCGCUACGGGAAAAUGAAGAGAUCCUCUUCUUUCUUCAUCUUAAGAGUGACAGCGGGCUAGUGGAUACAGCUCCUGCUCGUCUUGGCAGCAUGACAGCCAUUAAUUCCGGCCCGGUCGGAGAAGUAGGAGGUGUAAGAUUGCCCUUGCAGUCGUUGCAUGGCUACGGGUCAGUUUUCAUGUACUCGGCCUCGACGAGUCCUGGAGGGACUGCCGGUCAAGGUGGCGGAGGCGGAGGUGAAGUCACCCUCCGCCUCCGCGAACCGGAAGACAUACCUGAAGAGGUCCUGGCGAGGCUUGAAGACACGGCUACACUAUCUAUUUCUCUUCAAGGCGACGCUGUUCUUAGGCUAGGUUCGGCCACUACAGGAAACAGCAAUUUGGAGCUAUUCGACAGCGAGAGUGGACCGGACCUGACCCUAUCACCUCAGACAUUCACGUCAACGGCGGAAGCCUUUAUCAACGACAAUAGCGACAGCCUGGGGGUGCCCGGUGACAACGACAUGGGAAGCAGCGAAGAGUCGAGACCAGGCACGGGUGACCCCGGAAAACUUGGAGUCAAGAAACCAAGACCUAAACCUUCGUCUCCAAACCGCCAGGGACCCCAGCAGUGUCAGGUAUGCGGCAAAGUGUUCAACAACGCCUCGGCUUUGACGAAGCACAAGCUGACGCACAGCGACGAGCGGAAAUACGUCUGUACAAUGUGCGGGAAAGCAUUCAAGCGCCAAGACCACUUAAACGGGCACAUGCUGACACACAGAAACAAAAAGCCGUUUGAGUGCAAAGCUGAAGGGUGCGGAAAAUCCUACUGCGAUGCACGGAGCCUCCGUCGGCACACCGAGAAUCAUCAUGCUGGCAGCAAGGUUAAUGAAAGCGUCAGUCCGAGCAGUCCAACAACAGGGCCCCACACUCCCAACACCCCGGGCAGUAACCCCAGCACACCGAGCACACCAGGAGCUCCUACCACCCAGAAUGGCCAUGGACACACCGCCCUCAAGCAGCUUCUGGCUAGUGAACCUGCUGGACAGACUCAGCUGCACAAGAAUUCAUCCUCGAACAACGACGGGCUAACGAAGCAACAGAUCGAGCUGAUCCAGCAAAUAAUGCAGCAAACUCAACAGCAGCAGCCCUCAAAUUCACAACAACCACUGAGUAGCUCGCCAGCAUCUUCAUCUGUUACGCAAACUUCCAAGAGUGUUAAGCCGGCUAAGGUUGUUACAGCUGCCAACAAUUCUGCCACCGGUGUCAAUUCUGCCGGCGGAAAUGCUAGCGCUAGUUCCAGUCCCAAGCCUAAGGUCUGGAGUCAAGCACAGCAACAGCAAACCCAGAACCAGGUAUCACACAGUCCACAGGCAAAUUCACCAAAUCCAAAUGCUCCUGGAAAAGCUAGCCCCUCUCCAGCAAGUUCCGCCUCACCAGGAACUCCAGGAAAAACUGAAUCGAAACUCGUCGAAUGCAGUCUUUGCAGAAGGCAGUUCAAAAAUAUUCCCGCUCUCAAUGGUCACAUGAGACUUCACGGCGGAUACUUCAAAAAGGAUGGCGAAAACAAAAAGAACGAGAAGAAGGAAGCUCCUGGACCUCCGCUUCAGACGGCUUCGGUCAAUGUCCGGGCGCUCAUUGAGGAGAAGAUCAUACAGAAAAGGACUACUGCAACAGAGGCCAACGGUCUUGCGAGAAACGCCGUUUUCAACAACGUCGAUGUCUCUAAUCACAUGAUCGGCAAGACCAAUUUCGCCGUGCCUGCUCCACCUCCGCUGGUCACUGGCGAGAAAAUAAGGCGUCUUUCUGAUAGCGAGCAUUUCAGACAGCCCAAUAUCACUGUCGGACACACUACUGUCCAGAAACAACUUCAAGAAGCCCAGACUCAGGCACAGGCCCAAGCACUUGCUGAUAUGAUUCUUAAGAGCACAACAAAGAUGACAGUAAAGAGAGCGACUUCGGACCCAGGGCAGCGGGUCCAACUGACCUACCAGUCAAACUUGCCUAGCAACCAGUCCCAACAAAACCAACAGGUUUCUGAAGGUUUUACUAUAGCUAAUUAUUCAGAGGAUGGAGGAUACUUUAGUCCAAGUCUUCAGGAUGAAGUCUUCCAGCAAGUCACUGCUGUUCCUGAUUCGGUUCUUCUGCAGGCGAGUCAGUUGGACUCAAUACAGUUCCAGGCAUCUAGUCUCUUACAAGAUCAACAAACAGACCAACUCCAAGACAUCACCCUGGAAGACCGCUUCACCAGCCAGCACACGGUAAACCCAGAUCUGCAAGCUCUCGUCAACUCACCCCUUCCCGACUCACUAGCCGAAUUCAGCACCUACGGAACUCAGUACACCGAGAGUCCACACACUCUACCAACUCAAUCGCCCUUGCCUUCGCCUCUGACCCGCCAUGACAGCCCAAGCUUCACUUACCCAACCCCGCCCUCCAGCCAGGAAGGCCUCCUGUCAGGAACUCUUCCACUGCUGAGCCCAGAAGACGAUCCGGAGGCAGUCAGACCAGUGUCUUCUCCCUUAUCAGCAGCCUUCUACACAACGACCUUAUCAUCAGCUGCUGCAGUGGAAGAAGCAUUGAACGCCGUCCUCCCAGAAGAAACUGAGGCUGACAACGGGCAGGGAAGCGGCGGGUCGGAUCUCUACAGUUCUUCCCCAAAUCCCAAUUCUCCAUUGCCAAGUCCACUAUCAGCAACUCCAGCUCCCUCGCCGUUGUCUUCCUUGCCUCCUUCUUCCGUUUCUUCUCCAGGACCAGUCACCUUUUCUUCCUCGGGGUUCCCGGUGUCGCCUCACGCGCUCCAGAACCAGAUGAUGCCCAACUCCGAAGACCCUUUGCUGUCCUCCAGUCCCAAAGACUUCGGGGCCGCCAGGAGGAAGCAAUUCGAGUUCCAGUCGUACAAGCUGAUCACCAACCAGAACCUGGUGGACUUCGGCUUGGGGAACGGAAGCCUAGCGGGCAUCGUCGUUGACAACAACGGAGAGUACAAGCUCAUCCAGACAUCCGGACUCCAGAAAACCAACGUCCUGGUCCAGGCUAGUCCUGCUCUGACCUUCAGAAAGGAAAUCCGGCUGACACCCAAGGUAGAACCUGGAAGCGUAUCAGCUUCGACGAAUCAGUUCCAGGGCAAUGUCCAGGCGAUAAAUCCUGCCAAGUUCCUCAUCCAGGCGACGAGCAUCAACCACGCGAAGCUCAAGCUCCAAAGAGGCUCACCAGCUCCUGGGGCGAACCUACCAAUUCCUAUUGAACAGAUUAAAGAAGAGCUAGAUGAUGAUAUCUUUCUCAGUCCUGGAAAUGUUUCUGCUAACAGUCCAAUGAGGCAAAGCAGGAAGAGACCCAGGGUUGAUAGCUACCCCCAGAACCUGUAUCCGUCGAGACUAAGGCGUGCUUGUGAUCGGCACUGGGAUAGUUCUUACACCCCUCCGCCGAUACUCAAUCCCUCGAGACCUGGCUCUGGGCUCUAUGCCAGGCUCCAUCAGUAUGAAAAGGAGUCGGAGAUUAGUUCUGAUGAGUCCCAGAGCAACGAUUGUCCCCCUCCAAGGAUUAAUAUUGGAACCAGGUACCAGGCUGCCAUUCCGGCUAUUAGUUGUGAGGAGAGAGGUCGUGGUGGAAGGGAAACUGAUCAUCUUUUGUGGGAUCCUGGCAUAAUUAAUGGGCUUACUGAUAAUGAAUUGGAGAUGUAUCUACAAUUCGCCUGCUGCGCUAGUGUACCUGGAGGUGGUAGAAACAAAGAGUACGCGCUGCAUCUUCUGCACAUGUGCAAAGGAAAUAUCCACGAGGCGAUGCUGAAAUUAAUGAGACCGACUCCAGCACUACCGGUCCAGCACCCGCUGCUAAGCUACGAGUGCCGCGAAUCCGACCGCUGGACGUCCCAGGAAAUGGAAGCGUUCUAUCAAGGAUUGCUAGAGUACCACAAAGACUUUUCCGGGAUCGCCAGAGAUAUAUGUACAAAGUCCGCGAAACAGUGCACACAAUUCUACUACCUCUGGAAAAAACUAUGUCCGGACGAGUACCGGCGAGUUAAAGCCCGCCAUGGCAGACCAAAGAACCCCGUUAAAUCUGAUAAGCACUGUAAAGACACUAAAGAUACUAAAGAGCUCAGGGAUGCCAUCGCUUCUGUCCAUUCGAUGGAUUUCAGUGAAGAAAAGUCUAUUCUUCAUCGAACACUCCUACAGACGAAUGAAAGAGAAUCAUCUGCUACUCUGACAACCAGCGAAGGGGAACUCAGGCUAUUUGCAGCCUACGACUGCCCUGAUAGCUUUAGCGGAAGUGUAACAGUAACGAUGGCCGGAAGCACCCAUACCGGCGUAUCCGGCAAUACCGGGCACGCUACAGUCAACACCAACUCACAAACUCACAUUAGUUCUGAGCAACAACUACCCGUGUCCACCCCUCUUCACUACCCCUGCAAGAUUUGCGGGAAAAUUUUCAACAAAGUGAAAAGCAGAAGUGCCCACAUGAAAUCACAUCGGCCAAUGCCCUCGCCAGAUUUAACGGACUCUAAGAAGCCAGCUUCGCAACAAACGUCUAAACAAUCUCGUGCACAAUCGAACAAUGCCAACAAUAUUACCAACAACUCGCCUCAAAUAAUGGAGUACCAAAAGCUCCAGAACAGUGACUUGACGAAUCCAAACGCGAACCAUCUGUGGCACAACCCCACAAGAUUAAGACCGCCAUAGAACAUACAAAUGCGCCUACUUCUGGUACCCUAGCGAAGGUAAUACAACCUCAAAGACAAUUAUAGGUACUCAGUAUGUAACGUGCGUUAAUUUAAAAAAAUCUGGAGAAUUGUUGAGUAAAAUGAAGAAUGUAACUGUAAUAAAAUUAAAAGACAUUCCUCGGAACGAGAAAAUCAAUCAAGACAUGGCCUAACGUCGAUAUUACUAUCAUCGAUCAAAUGAAACGCGACGGUCUAAAUUAAUAACGCAACAUGUACAAUGUGUGUUUUAACAGGGUGAAUUUUAUUGAGAUAAAUCGACUCGAACAAAUAAUAUAAAUUUAUCAAAGUCUACGGAUAAUCAUUCUCAAUGAAGAUUAAUAUUAUAUUAUGAAAAAAUAUAUAUUGAUGAUUAUUAAUUAUUAAACACUAAUUAAUUUCCAGAUACGAAAGACAAAUCACGUCCAGACUAUACUAUGAUAAAUAUAUAGUCGUGCAUGAUGAAUACUUAUUAAAUAGUAACAAAGAGUGUAUUAUUGUCCGUUAUAUAUAUAAAAAAAAAUAUAUAUAUUAUAUAUAAUAUACAAAAAAAAACGUUUCCAAAUAUUGUCUCAAGACAGUUUUACUAAUAUAAUUAAAUUACAUUAUUUAUUUAUUUAUUUACAUUCUUUUGUUGUUGUUAAUAUAUGGGUGCAUGAUAUUAUUGGCAAAUGUUAUUAUGGAAAUGGUAAUGGUAUUAAUAAUCAGAUUUUUUAGUUGGGUCUAGGUUUAAUUUUCUUAAUUUUAAUACGAUUUUAAAAUUAAUUUAUAAAUAAUCAAAAUAUUUAAAACUGACGAUAUUAAUAUCAAGUUUUAUUUUUUUUUAA